UGGGCCUAUUUCUUCAGUGCUGACAUUUCUAUUCUAUUCUAAAUACCGUACCCAUCAGCUGACUUUAUUCUAGCUAUAAGCUAUGACCUAAAGCUAAUUUAUUUAUGCAAACAAUGAGUCGACAUUUCAAAAACCCCUUUGAAGAAUUUUCUGAGAAAGUUGCUGAGAAGUUAUUAGCAAAGUGCCCCCAGCCCCAGAAUGGAUCUGGAUACAAGGUUGAUGCUGAACGAAAAAACUAAUUGUUACCAUAGGGGAGCUGAAAUCUCUUGUAGUGAAGAAAUGCCAAGAGUGGAAGAGCAAUAAUGACUGCAGCGUGUACACCGGCUCAGCUGGUCUUGCUGUAAUGUAUCUCCACUGCUAUGCUAGACUUGGAGAUUCUAAUGAUCUGAAGUGUGCAGCAGAGAUUGCAGGCCACUGCGUACAUUCAGUUGGCAGGAGGUCGCGUGUCACAUAUCUGUGUGGUGAUGGCGGGCUGUUGACCACAGCUGCCAUCGCAUCUUAUCUUGCCAAUGACAGUCAUCUCGCUCUAGACUCUGGCAUCAGGCUUGAGAGUCAUCAGCACUAUGUUGACAAACUAUUGGCUCUGUCAUCACAUGUGAUCUUGGACAAAGAGCUGCCAGAUGAGCUCCUCUAUGGGAGGGCUGGUUACCUCUACUGCUUGUUGCUGCUUGAAAAAUACAAGGUUUGGAUCAAGGGAUCUGUCUCAACCUUUGCUGCCAUCCAUGAAACAAUUUUCGACCUUGACAAAACUCCUCUUUGUUUAUGUCAUGCGUGUGUUCAUUCUUUGCAUCUGCUACAGACGCCCUUUGUUCAGGUGUGUGUUCAUUCUUUGCAUCUGCUACAGACGCGCUUUGUUCAGGUGUGUGUUCAUUCUUUGCAUCUGCUACAGAUGGGGAGCGAGAAGCUGACUAAGCUGACGCGUGAGGUGGUUAUGGUCACGCUGACAUCAGGUACACGCAUGGUGCAGCGUGAGGGCGUGAGAGGCACGCCUCUCAUGUACGCGUGGCAUGACAAGCGCUACUACGGUGCUGCUCACGGCCUCGUUGGCAUACUCGUCAUGCUCAUGCAAGCCAAGGAUCACCUGCCGACGGGGGCGCUGGAGGAGUUGGUGAAGCCGUCAGUGGCGUUCCUGCAGUCUCGUCUCUUCCCCUCCGGCAACCUGCCGUCGUCUGAGGGCAGCUCCACUGGAGACAAACUCGUGCACUGGUGCCACGGCGCCCCGGGGGCAGCCAUCAUGUUCGCCAUGGCUUAUAAGAUGUUCGGUGAUGCAGAUUUCCUAGCCAGCGGCCGGCGUUGCGCAGCGGUGGUGUGGGAGCGCGGGCUGCUUAAGAAAGGUUACGGUCUGUGCCACGGGGCGGCUGGUAAUGGCUACUGCUUCCUCUACAUGUAUCGGGUAACUGGUGAGGCGGAAUUUCUGUACAAGGCUCUGCAGUUCGGUGUGUGGUGCCAGGAAUACGGUCAGCACGGCUGCUCCAUCCCUGACCGUCCAUACUCCCUCUUCGAGGGGCUGGCUGGCAACCUGCACUUCUUGCUUGAUCUCCUCGAUGUUGACAGAGCUGCAUUUCCAGCAUUUGUGCUACCGAUCCUGCAGUAAACUCAUUGCAUUUGCUUCUUGCAUUGUAUACUCGAUGUUGAGAUUAGUUGCUAUUCGAACGUUACUUCUGUGAUCAAAUUAGCAUUAAACAUAUAUUCCUUUAUCGAAUGUAAUUUUUUUGAUCGUGCUCGAUAUUAUCGUU